AUGAAGGUGCAAUUAAGAAGCUCAAGAAUGAUUAAACCUUUAUACGAAGACACCCCUCCCCAAACAAGAAACAACAUUUCCCUUUCAGUCUUCGAUAAGGCAACAUAUGACUCACACAUGGCUAUUAUUUAUGCUUUCCGCCCGCCAACUCCGCCAAAUAAAGCCAUAAAGGUAGCGCUGCAGAAGGUGUUGGUCGUGUACCGAGAGUGGGCUGGAAGGCUAGGCAAAGACGAUAAAGGCGAACCUAUCAUACUUCUCAAUGAUGAGGGUGUUAGAUUCAUCGAGGCAUAUGUCGAUGGCCCUCUCGAUCAAGCGUUGCUCCUUAAACCUUCAGCAACUUUGCUAAGCCUUCACCCUAGCUUGAAACAGAGGGUUUGCCCUCGAGCCCGUGAUGAAGAGAAAGACUCAUUCUCUGAGAUGGGAGUGGUCGAGUUGCUCCAAGUUCAGCUCACAAGGUUCACAUGUGGCUCAUUGGUGGUGGGCUUCACCAGUCACCACCUUGUUGCGGACGGGCAUUCCACUAGCAAAUUCUUGGUUGCAUGGGGCCAAGCUUGUCGAGGACUGGAAAUUAGUCCACUCCCUUUGCAUGAUCGUACCAUAUUCACUCCUAGAAACCCUCCUAUCUUUGAGUUUGAGCACAAAGGAGUGGAAUUUACAAGCUUGAAGACCCAUAAUCUUAAACACAAUAGUGUUGACAACAUUGUAGUCCACAAAGUUCAUUACACAGUAGAAUUUCUUGCGAAGCUCAAGGACAAGGCAUCUUCAAUGAAUGGAAACAACAAUAAACCAUUCACCAAAUUUGAAAGCCUAGUUGCUCAUCUUUGGAGAGCCAUAACCAAGUCCCGAUGCCUCAAUGGACAUGAAACAACCCAAAUACGCAUCUCGAUUGAUGGCCGACAGAGGCUGAACCCUAAAGUCUCAAAUGAAUAUUUUGGGAACUUGGUUCUUUGGGCAUUUCCAAGUGCAAAAGUGAAAACCCUUCUUCAAGAACCCUUGUUCUAUGCAGUAAAACUCAUUCAUGAUGCAAUUACAAAGGUAAACAACAACUAUUUUAGAUCAUUUAUUGACUUCGCAAAUUUUAAGGUAAAAGAAGAAAAUCUGAUGACAACUGCAGACAUGACAAAAACUACACUGUGCCCUAAUUUGGAGGUGGAUAGUUGGUUACGGUUUCCAUUUUAUGACCUUGAUUUUGGAGGAGGGUGCCCGUAUGUUUUUAUGCCAAGUUACUAUCCAACGGAGGGCAUGAUGUUCUUACUACCGUCUUUUAUAGGGGAUGGUAGCAUAGACGUUUUCAUACCUCUAUUUGAAGAAAACUUAACCGCCUUCGAAGAAAUUUGCUAUACUAUAGACUGAAAAAUUCACCAACGAACUGCUAUUUCGCGUUGGUUUAAUUUUCGUGUAUUUCUUAAUGCUAG